AUGGCGCAAAACUUAUUUGCUUUUCUCUUCUUCCAGGUAACAGCCGUAGCUGUGCUCACCGUGUCACAAGCUAAAAACUCGACCACGAAAACGAAACCGAAAAGACAGUUGGACAACAUCCGGACACCACAGAACCUACAAUAUUCACUAGUGCUACCGCAUUCGAGGGUUGCGCACUUUAGAUCCAUAUCGAGCAGCCGAAGAGUCUCCAAUGCAUCACAAAGAGGUGGAAAGCUACCGCCGUAUGCCGUCCAGAUGGAACCGGUCGUGCAGUACUCGCAGAAGGAUCCGCUAUACGACCCAAAACACGAUAAUUUAGAAGAAUCAGUGGUUAACCGAAACGAUAUAGCUCAAUCGAAGAUUCUUAACGUAAAUGACCAGAGCGGUGAAGAUUAUGGACCUCCCUAUGGAAGCCUGCCGACAGCGCCACUGUACAGCAACGAAAACCAACAUUACUACGAAGCACCGGAACCAAUUAUCGAAAUUAUUAUUAAGGAAUCAAACGAAUCACUCCCCGCGCCACCGCCUCAGCCGGUCUUGAAGAAAAAGAAGGAGCCCGUUCAAGUGUUUUACGUCAAAUACAGUAAAGAUCCUCAUUCCCACGACAAGGUUAUCUAUGAAAAGCCCAUACCAGCUAUAACUCCACCAUCGAACGACGAAGAUGAACAUCAUGAACAGUACGUUACUGUCACUCCUGAGCCCUAUUAUGUACCAGCACAAACGACUACAUUAAGAGCUAUUAUUAAGCCAGAAUCAGAAAUAUAUCACACAGACAGUAACGUUAAGGUCACUUUUGGCAACGAAGGUCGACACUAUACGUAUAACAGACGAGAAGAAAAUCCGUCCGAAAAACACGAAGAAACCGCACCGAGGCCAGUUAUAGCGUUACCCAAUGCGCAGCCAACCCAAAUUCCUCUGGAACGUUCUGUAUCACCGAAUCCUCAGUAUCAGGAACAUCAGCAGCGGCCAGUAGGGAUCGCCCCACAGACAUACCACGCAAGUCACAAUGCGCAAAGCCGAAUCCAAUUCCAACAACCUUAUCUAAGCCAAGAGCCGCAACUACCAAGACAACGACCCGCUCUGAUUCCUUUCAAACAAACGAGUCAAGGCUCUUUUCCUUCUGCCCCUAAUCGAGCUGCUUUCUCUAAUUCUCCACCUUUAGGGCACUUUAACUCAAGACCUCCAAUUCCUGGUCCAAUAGGUCCUAUCCUUCCGACUGUAGCUAGACCAGCGUUCCACUCUAGACCCACAAAUUCUCCCCAAAUUCCUACAAGACAGCACAUACAUAAUCCUUCUAGGACGACUUUCCAUGCUGGCCCACAAAGACCUUUCCACCCACAGCCCCAAUCUUACUUUGAUGAAGCUAAAUACUUACAAGAAAAUUAUCAUACCAUAACAACAGAUCAAAUCGAUUCCCCGAAACAACCCGUCAAACAAUCAUUCAAUUUAGCUUCUAAGCCAAAUUCGAAUCCAAUAGUUUUUAAUGAACAAAAUCGUCCACAGCCAAUAAUUCCGUUCAACCAACAAUUACCUUUGCAACGACCUCUACAACAGUUUGAUACAAGUUCUAACAAACAAAGUUUUGGUGUAACUCCAACGAGAUCGCCGUUCUUUAAUUUAAAACCAUCCCCACCUCAGAUAGAGUCAAAUCGUCCAUUCCAGAGACAGCCUCAACAACAGUUUAGUUUCCAUCAAGGACCUCAAACACUAAGGCCAUCACAACCCGCCCCUUCGAAUGGUAUUCAUAAUAACAUAUUUACAAGCCAGAAUGCUAUUUCUCCUUCCCCAUCUCCUCAAACUCAAUUUUUGCCUCAACCAUCCUCACCUCCUCUUUUCAGUUUUCACCCUCAGCCGUCACCUACACCUCAACAGCAACACGGUUCUCCUUCUGAAAGACCUCAAGGUCAACAAAUUGCUCAUGAACAAAACGUUGCUCAGUUUAUUCCAAAAGACAGCGAGUUAGUUCCGGCUAUAUCAAAAUAUGAACAACACAUAACUGUAAACGAAAACUCGGGCCAAAAUGGUGUAUUUAAUGGAUUUAGUCAAGCAGCAUCUACACCUAGCUAUCAACAGCAAUUUUCACAACAAUUCUAUCAACAAGCUCAAAUACAACAACAACACGACCUUCGACAACAGCAGGAACGCGGAGAAGAACUACGACAGCAACAGGAACUUCAACGACAACAGCAACAACAACAAUAUCAACACAAGCAGCAACAGCAGCAACAACAACAACAUCAGCAGCAGCAACAACAACACCUGCAGCAGCAACAACAACAUCAGCAGCAGCAACAACAACACAAUAGUCCACAGCAGGAUCAAAAUCAACAAUACCUUAGUCCUGAACAAGAACAAGUCAGGCAACAAUUAGCGUUUAAUGUACGUAAACAACAAGAGGAAAUCCAACGCCUACAAAACCAACUUAUUAUUCAGCAACAAAAUUUACAACAGCAACAACAAAGAAACCAAUAUGAAGAAAACAAUCAGUACUCCCAACUACAAAGCAAUUCGCCAUCUUCACAGUACGUACAGGAAAGGUCGAGGCCUCAGCCAACGUAUGUAACAAGCACUCCGUCGCCACAAUAUUACCAGACAAGUUCACGAACUGUUGAAAUCAAACCAUCUACUCAAAGAUACGUAUCAUCUACAUCAAGUCCUACUCCUGAACCAAAGAAAGAGGCAAAGAAAAAACCAACCAUUGAGUUACCAGAUGAAGUCCCAGACGAUCUACGUCAACAACUGCUAUCAUCCGGCAUAUUAGAUAAUGCUGAUAUCAGUGUCCUUGACUACGACAAAGUGGGUGAAACACCAUUAGAGUCUUUGCCUCCAGAUCAACUGGCCAACUUUUUCAGUGCAGGCGGUGGACAACAAAUAGCCUCUAGUGAAAACAGACCAAUAGUGGUCGCUCCAAAUGGAGAUCGGAUUGAAUCACGAAUUGAUGAUUCCGACAUCGACGAUCAAGAACCAUCCGCAUCAGAAGAUGUAGAAACUGUUGUUGCUGCGCCUAACCCAAAUCAGAACGUUGAAAUGAAGGUCGUGCAUUUUAACCCUGACACAGCGGAAGGUCAAAAAGUCGCUAAAGAUUAUGUCAAAGAGGAUGCAACACAAGUAGAGCCUGUGGCGUUGAAUGAUAAAAAGUAUAACAGAUACUUGCCAUUAAAAGUAAAUGGAAAUCAAUUCCCUCUGCCAGACAUUGUCAAGGGCAGAAAGGUUACAUCAGUGGUUGUUCUGGCCCCUGUUGAGACAGAGACAAUAAAUAAUGACCAUAACAGAUCAGAACGUGCUGCAAGCGAUAGUUUAAGAGGUAUUAAAUUCGUAGCAGGGGACAGUCUACAAAAUCUUUUGAAGCGACCAAGCAGAGACAAUUUCCAGAAAUGGUUCGACGUUGAAAAGAAAACAGAGACGGAUCAACAAUCAGUUGUUCUUUUAGUGACCGAGAGCGAAGAUCCUAAGGAGGACAAAGAAAUCUUUAUGUACGACAUUUCAUCGGGUACUGUCAACAAAUUAAAUGGAGAAUUAUCCAAUGCUUUUGUGGAAGCAGCUGAAAAUAAUUCCUUGAGUAAAGACAUCGAACAACUUGCCAUUGAAGGGGAAGGCACGCCUGAAGACUUCAAAAAAGACUCAAAGAGCGAACUAGUAGCAGACGGUUCUGAAAACGUGCCAUUAUUUGUAGAUAUUUCGGGAUUAAGCUUAGAUCAAAAAGCGGGCAGCCAAGUUUCUAUCACAUCAGGAUAUAGUAAAACGAAAAAAGGGAGACAUUUAAGAAGACCGACAUAA